CAAGCCUCAACAUGAUCUACAAUGUGGAAUAUGGAACGACGGAAGGUAAUGAAGGAAAUUAUCAAAUCAUAGUUAUUUAUUGGUCCUAGACGAGUAAUAUGAGAGAAGUACACCAUGGGCUGUACUCCAAGUCAAUUCGAUCAUUCAAUUCUAGUUGAAGAACGACAUUCAGCACAAUCUCCAAAUCCCAAAGACUUUAGACAAAUCAAAUUCAACGGAUCCUUCACAGACGAGUCGUCAUGGCCAGUAGCUAAUAUUAUUGAAAAUGAAACAGACAGUAAUGAUUCAGGAGAUGGAUUCUUACAGGAAUCAAUGAAUAGCAAUUCAUCCCAUCUAUCAACAAAAUCCAACGCGAGCUCAGAUUCCGGAAACUACGAUUUGGAAGACGAUUACUCGUACAUCAUUACAGAAAAUUCCGAUCCUGAGAAAGUUCAAGAAGUCAACAACCAGUUUGUUCCUAAUGACGACUUGGAAUUAAUCAUCGUCGGUAAAGCAUGCCCGAGAAAAUUGAGCUCAAAAGACAAAGAGCGACUUGAACAACAAGCCGUUUUGGAGAUGCUGCGGGAAGAAGGACUAAUUGUUAGACCACCAUCUAAAGCCGUAGGAGGACUAAGAUUUGAAUUGGUGUCUUCGCAACAAUUUCCAAAUAACGGCUCUUCAUCACUGCGGCGGCUUCCUCCAAUUGCAGUGCGUAAGAAACACAAAAAGAAGAAAAAGCCCCUAACGUACGAAGAAAUUCAGCUGAAGUUAAUAAAAGCUGAAGAGAGACGAAAGAGGAAGACAGAAGAGAAAUUAAGUAAAAUACCUACUAAACCUCUUCAUGAAAUACAGGCAAAUGUUGAACAACAAAUUGAACAAAAUAGACAAAAACUUGAAGAAAAGCUACAAGCUAAAUCUAUGAGCAGAGAACAACAUUUGAACGAAGUUCAAGAAAAAAUAAAAGCGAGAGAAGAGCAUGCAAAUAAAGUGAGGAGAAGAAAACAAAUGAUAGCGAACGGAUUUCCAUACGUUUUAGAGAAUAUUCCAAAUCUAUAAGUAUUGAAUUCAUUUGACAUUUAUAACUUAUAUCGGAAUCUUGACUAUUUUGAAUUGUAUUUCAAUAAA